GCUAGGGUAGGGCUGCCAGAUCAGUUUGUCACCACCCAGGCUCCCUUGCCUUUGGCUGGGUGCAACUUCCAUUUUAGGUGUUGGAUCUGAGGGGAAAAAGAGAAGAGAGAGAGAGAGAGAGAGAGAGAGAGAGAGAGAGAGAGAGAGAAGAGAGGAGAGCGAGAGAACGAGAGCGGAGAGCGAGCAGGAGGAAGGGAGGGCGAGAAACAGAGACACGGAGGGAGAGGGAAAGAGGCAGGAAAGAUCCUGAAACGAGGAAGAGGAAGAGGUGUCGAAUCUCGCUGGAUUUGUCUUUCUCAGCACAUUGGUGAAGCUCUGGGUUUGUUUCUUAAAGGAUUGACUUUAGAAGUCCACAUUUGAGCUUUCUCCUUCCUUUUUGCUGCUUGCUAAGGUGGCUGGGAUGCUUCCAUGAUUUAUGUGAAUCUAGACUGGGCUGUUCUCUGUGCUAAACCAAUCAAUUACGACCCUUCUCUUAACAGUGUGAAGUGAGGGGGCCUACUCCUUUCUACUUCCUCUGUGGUCCACCUUACUUUUUAUCCUGCCCUGCGGCGGCUCCUCCCCUUACCUUCAUGGACGACUCAGAGGUGGAGUCGACCGCCAGCAUCUUGGCCUCUGUGAAGGAACAAGAGGCCCAGUUUGAGAAGCUGACCCAGGCGCUGGAGGAGGAACGGCGCCAUGUCUCGGCGCAACUGGAACGCGUCCGGGUCUCACCACAAGAUGCCAACACACUCAUGGCCAACGGCACCCUCACCCGUCGGCAUCAGAACGGCCGGUUUAUGGGCGAUGCUGACCUUGAGAGACAGAAAUUUUCAGAUUUGAAACUCAACGGGCCCCAGGAUCACAACCACCUUCUGUAUAGCACUAUCCCCAGGAUGCAGGAACCAGGGCAGAUUGUGGAAACCUACACAGAGGAGGACCCUGAAGGAGCCAUGUCUGUUGUUUCUGUGGAGACCUCAGAUGAUGGCACUACUAGGCGGACGGAGACCACAGUCAAGAAAGUUGUGAAGACGGUGACAACACGGACAGUACAGCCAGUCCCCGUGGGACCAGAUGGACUGCCUGUGGACGCCUCGUCCGUCUCCAACAACUUCAUCCAGACUUUGGGCCGUGACUUCAGAAAGAAUGGCAAUGGGGGCCCUGGUCCCUAUGUGGGGCAGGCAGGCACUGCAACUCUUCCUAGGAACUUCCACUAUCCUCCAGAUGGUUAUGGCCGGCACUAUGAAGAUGGUUAUCCAGGAGCUAGUGACAACUACGGCAGUCUGUCCCGGGUGACCCGAAUUGAGGAGCGGUAUAGACCCAGCAUGGAAGGCUACCGGGCACCCAGUAGACAAGAUGUCUAUGGUCCCCAGCCCCAGGUUCGAGUAGGUGGCAGCAGUGUGGAUCUGCAUCGCUUUCAUCCAGAGCCUUAUGGGCUAGAGGAUGACCAGCGCAGCAUGGGCUAUGAUGACCUAGAUUAUGGCAUGAUGUCCGAUUAUGGCACUGCCCGUCGGACAGGAACACCCUCAGACCCUCGCCGACGCCUCAGGAGCUAUGAAGACAUGAUUGGUGAGGAGGUGCCACCGGAUCAGUACUAUUGGGCUCCUUUGGCUCAGCAUGAGCGGGGAAGUUUAGCAAGCUUGGAUAGUCUACGAAAGGGAAUGCCCCCGCCUGCAAACUGGAGACAGCCUGAGCUGCCAGAGGUGAUUGCCAUGCUAGGCUUCCGCUUGGAUGCUGUUAAGUCCAAUGCAGCUGCAUACCUGCAGCACCUAUGCUAUCGCAAUGACAAGGUGAAGACUGACGUGCGGAAGCUCAAGGGUAUCCCGGUAUUGGUAGGAUUGUUAGACCAUCCCAAAAAGGAAGUGCACCUUGGAGCCUGUGGAGCUCUCAAGAAUAUCUCUUUCGGACGUGACCAAGAUAACAAGAUUGCCAUAAAGAACUGUGAUGGUGUUCCUGCCCUGGUUCGAUUGCUCCGAAAGGCUCGAGAUAUGGACCUGACUGAAGUUAUUACUGGAACCCUGUGGAAUCUCUCAUCCCAUGAUUCAAUCAAAAUGGAGAUUGUGGACCAUGCGUUGCACGCCUUGACAGAUGAAGUGAUCAUUCCACAUUCUGGUUGGGAGAGAGAACCUAAUGAAGACUGUAAGCCACGGCAUAUUGAAUGGGAGUCAGUGCUCACCAACACAGCUGGCUGCCUCAGAAAUGUAAGCUCAGAGAGGAGUGAAGCUCGCCGGAAACUCCGGGAAUGUGAUGGCCUAGUUGAUGCUCUCAUUUUCAUUGUUCAAGCAGAAAUUGGGCAGAAGGACUCAGACAGCAAGCUUGUGGAGAACUGUGUUUGUCUCCUUCGGAACUUAUCAUAUCAAGUCCACCGUGAAAUCCCACAGGCAGAACGUUACCAAGAGGCACUUCCCAGUGUGGCUAACAAUACUGGGCCACAUGCUGCCAGUUGCUUUGGGGCCAAGAAGGGCAAAGAUGAGUGGUUCUCCAGAGGGAAAAAGCCCACAGAGGAUCCAGCAAAUGAUACAGUGGAUUUCCCUAAAAGAACUAGUCCUGCUCGAGGCUAUGAACUCUUAUUUCAGCCAGAAGUGGUGCGAAUAUACAUUUCACUCCUUAAGGAGAGCAAGACGCCUGCCAUCCUAGAAGCCUCCGCUGGAGCUAUCCAGAACUUGUGUGCUGGGCGCUGGACAUAUGGUCGAUACAUCCGCUCUGCUCUGCGUCAAGAGAAGGCUCUCUCUGCCAUAGCUGACCUCCUGACCAGUGAACAUGAACGAGUAGUGAAAGCUGCAUCUGGGGCACUGAGAAACCUGGCAGUGGAUGCUCGGAACAAAGAAUUAAUUGGCAAACAUGCCAUUCCUAACUUGGUAAAGAAUCUGCCGGGAGGUCAGCAGAACUCCUCUUGGAAUUUCUCUGAAGAUACUGUGGUCUCUAUUUUGAACACCAUUAAUGAAGUUAUUGCUGAGAACUUGGAAGCUGCCAAAAAGCUUCGAGAGACCCAGGGUAUUGAGAAGCUGGUGUUGAUCAACAAAUCAGGGAAUCGCUCAGAAAAAGAAGUCCGGGCAGCAGCUCUUGUCUUGCAGACGAUCUGGGGCUAUAAGGAGCUUCGGAAGCCACUGGAAAAAGAAGGCUGGAAGAAGUCAGACUUCCAGGUGAAUCUAAACAAUGCAUCUAGAAGCCAGAGCAGCCAUUCAUAUGAUGAUAGCACUCUCCCACUCAUUGACCGGAACCAAAAAUCAGAUAAGAAACCUGACCGGGAAGAAAUUCCAAUGAGCAAUAUGGGGUCAAACACAAAAUCAUUAGAUAACAACUAUUCCACACUGAAUGAAAGAGGAGACCACAACAGAACACUGGAUCGAUCUGGGGAUCUGGGUGAUAUGGAGCCAUUGAAGGGAGCACCCUUGAUGCAGAAGAUUUAGCACCACUCUACCUGCUCCAUCUGGGCUUAUAAUAUAUUACUUUUAUUUUUUGGUGGUGAAAUGGACUGAUGAUUUUUUUCCUUUCUUCGCUGGACUAUUGUGCCAACUGCCAGGCUGCCUCCUACCCUUAUAGCCCAGAGUGGCUGCCUUCAUUCCAUCAAUUCCCAACAUCUUCUACUGAAGUUUAAUUGUCCUGUCCUCCCAUCCCCUACCUCCAGUUUUCCCCAAGAAACCUGACUCAGUUAUUUGCAUAUCUUGAGAAACUGCUGCAGAUUAGCUCUUUUUGCCAGCCCUCCCUGGAUCCUCGGCCUGUGUGGAGGGAGGGAGAGAGUGGAGCUCUUCACUGGAAGCUGUGGGAAGAACUGAAAAUUGCACGCUGUGUAUGCGGUAUUCAGCAUUCUGACAAACUGAUGACUUUAAUCAAGACUGUCUUUCUGGUGGGGAGGGAACUUUUAAUUUUGUUUUGGAUAAUGGGAAGUAUGAGUUCUUCCCUAAUCUGGUGGCUUUUUUGAAGCCAAGAAGGCUGGAAACAGUGGCACAUUCCACCUGGCAAGGGCCCUCGAGUAAGUGAGGUACUCCUCAAACUGGGAUUGAGAACUCUUGUUCCUCCUGUCCGAGGCAGGGACCACAAAGGACCUACAGACUCCAUCUCUUCUGUCAGCUUCAGGCCAACCUUGGGGUGCUGCCCUGACCAAGGUUGUCCUCAACCCUCCCCUCUUACCCUGUGAUAAAUCUGCUAACUUGACUUGGCCGUUUGCAAGAGGCUAUGUAAAAAAGAGAAUGCCAUGGAACACUUCUUGAUUGAGAAGAAACAGAAAGAUUGUCUUUUGGGGAGAAGAUGAACCUCUAGAAGGAAA